AGUGUAGUUGUAGUCACCAAGUCAUGUUCAACACUCAACAAUGAAACGAAAUAUUUUAUUUAUUUUAUUUUCUACUUUAUUAUCUUCCCCUGUACUAGCAGAGGAUUAUUACGAGCUGUUAGGUAUAACCAGGGAUGCAAGUAAUAAGGAAAUCAGGAAGGCUUUCAAGAGGCUAGCKCUUCGACUUCACCCUGACAAGAACAAGGAUGYCCCCAAAGCACACGAGACGUUUUUACUUAUCAAUAGAGCUUACGAAGUACUCAAAGAUUCUGAACUUCGUAAGAAAUAUGAUUCAUAUGGAGAAGAGGGCUUAAAGGAAAAUCACUUCAGCAAUCAGUACCAAAGCUGGAAUUAUUUUAAUGAAGAAUUUGGACUUUAUGAUGAUGAUCCAGAGAUUAUAACUCUUAGUUAUUCUGAUUUUCAAAUGUCUGUGGAAGGCAGUGAUGAUGUUUGGUUUAUAAAUUAUUAUUCACCUUUCUGCUCACAUUGCCACGAUUUGGCUCCUACAUGGAGAGAAGUUGCACGUGAGCUUGAGGGUGUUGUAAGAAUUGGAGCAGUUAACUGUCAGGAGGACUGGUCUCUCUGUCGGCAGCAAGGAAUCCAUAGCUACCCCUCACUUGUGCUUUACCCAUCUCAACAUCUUUACAGAGGGCAAAGAACAGAAAGAGCAUUAAUUAGAUUCAUUUUAGAUGCAAUUGAAAUUAAAGUAAUAGAAUUAACUAAAGAAAAUUUUGAAUCAGAAAUAUCAUCUUCACAUCAACAGUGGUUAAUAGACUUCUGUGAACCGUCAUCAGAUUGUUUAUCAUCUGACAGUAAAUUAAAGCUUGCAGCAGUUUUGGAUAAUUUAGUACAAGUUGGGACAAUAGACUGCUCACAUGAUGAAGCCUUAUGUAAUUCUCUGCAUCACCAUGGUGAAAUUGUGUACUACAACGAUAAUCAUAUAGAAGCUGGGAAAGGCACUGUCAUUAAAAGUUUACACACAAAAGAUAUAGUUGAUCAAGUGCUAAGAUUAACACCUGACCCAUUGAACAUAGACCAUGACUCAUUCCAAGAUAUUCGUGAGCAAUUAAAAACUGGUGAAGAACCAUGGCUGAUACACUUCGACAAGGGCACGUCAGUAGGUUUAGAAAUCAGAAAAUUACCUACCGUUCUACCUGAUAUCAAGAUUGGUCAGGUGGAUUGCUCUACUGCCAAGGAAGUCUGUGAUUCUCUUCAUCUUUCAAAGUAUCCUAAAGUAGCUUUGUUUAAGAAGGAUGGCUUUGAGUGGCACCAUGGUCGUUUUACAGCUCAUGAUAUUGCAGUAUUCGCCAAAGAGAGUGCCUCGUCAAAUGUACAAACGCUAGGACCUGAUGACUUUCCUGGGGUCAUCACUCCUAACCGUCCUUUCUUUAUUGACUUUUUUGCUCCGUGGUGUCCCCCGUGUAUGAAUCUACUGCCUGAGUAUCGAAAAGCUUCACGAUCAUUUAUCGGGAAACGUAACAUUGGUUUUGGUACAGUGGACUGCACAAUACACGUUAAUCUCUGUAGUAUGUAUAAUAUUCGUUCAUAUCCGACUACUAUUUUGUAUAAUAAUACGGUACCGAUCCAGUUUAGUGGACACCAUUCUGCUGGGGACUUAAUAGAUUUUGUCGAGAAUACACUCAACCCUUCUGUAGUUACCCUGACUCCCGAGACGUUUGAGUCGUUAGUGGGUCAAAAGGAACCCGAUGAGACUUGGCUCGUAGAUUUUUACGCACCUUGGUGUGGUCCAUGUCAGGAAUUGCUACCAAACUGGAAUAAACUAGCCAAGCGUCUAAAAGACGAGGCCCACGUGGGUUCAGUAGAUUGUGUCAAGUACAGAAACUUCUGUUCCCAACAAAAUGUCCGUUCGUACCCUACCAUUAGACUAUACUCACAUCGUAGCACAGGCUCAUGGGAUUACAUUACUCACCAAGGCUGGCGUGAUGUUGAGUCUCUGUACAUCUGGGCCUAUCAGAACCUUCCAUCCCUUGUCACUGAAAUCUCAAGCGAUGAUUUUCAUAACGAAGUACUUACAGGACAUGAACCUUGGCUGCUGGAUUUCUUUUCUCCUUGGUGUGGACCGUGUAUACGUUUUGCUCCGCAGUUUGAGAGAGUUGCAAAAAUGCUUGGUGAUAAGGUCCGGACGGGUAAAGUGAAUUGCGAGCAAGAGUAUCACUUUUGUCAUCAAGUUGGUAUUCAUUCAUACCCUACURUUAGACUGUACCUUGGAGCGCAAGAAGGAAUGUCACAGAAUAUUGAAGGUGACCUGUCCAUAGAGACCCAAAACCCAGAAGAAAUAUUUGAUUUAGUUAAAUCAGCUUUAGAAGAACGAGAAAAGGAGCAAGGAGACAUUGAAAAGCAUGAACACUACGACCCAGAAGAAAGAGAUGCCGAGAAAAGCGAAGCGUUUGAAGCAGAUGAAAGAGAUGAAGAGGAGGACGAGAGAGAUGAAGAGAUAAAAGAAGGGGACACAUUAGAUGAUGCUAAGCCACCACCACUAAUACAUGACGAGUUCUAAUGUCUCUCCAAUCGCUUCGCUAUUCAAGUAAAACUGGUAUUCGCACAAGCCUUGUAAAGCGUAAAGAAUUCACAAAUCGAAAGGAUUUUUUUACGAUUCUUAUGGUUUCACAGCCGUGGGCACCUAGCAAAAUAAAAUAAUAGAAUUUGUAAAUAAAAAUAAAGAGUUCUUCGUUCGGGGGGAAAAAUCUAAAAACAGAGUUCUUAAAAAUUUAUAAGGCUGUUGAAGUUUUAUAGCUUUAAUAUCAAUCAAUAAGGAAAAACCUGAAUAAUGGGGUUUUGAUGUAUAUUUUGGUAUAUAACAUUCUUUUAUGAAUGAAUAAAAUAGCCAUUUUAAA